AGCCAUGACAAAGGCUGGUACUAGUUUAACUUUAAGGAGGAGAUUGCGUGGAUGGUGACAGCGAGCUAAGACUCCAGCCACUCCGCCUUGUCGGACCUCCGACACUCAUCAUCUAGGUUUACACCAUCUCACCAUUUAAAUCCGCGCCUUCCUUCACGCAAUGAUGAGUCUCUCAUCAUUUCUACUCGGAGGGAAAGCUACGAGCAAGCAAAAAACUAUCGACACGGAAUUAGAUGCACUUUUUCAGACCCAGGUGCGUCUUACUGGCCUCCAUGUUUUUUUGCGGGUCUACAUUGAAUUAUAUCUGCUCAAGGUCCAAGAUAAUGGCAGUACUGCGGCAUCCAAUGACAAGAAGCGCAAACCGGAGGGAGAGCAGAGCCAUAGUUUGAAAAAGCACAAGGCUGCACCCAAAGAAUCGCAGCAACACGAUUCCCAUCCUUCAAAACGUGACAAGCAGGGAGAGGACAAGAAAGCAAAGGUCAAGAAGAGAAAAUUAGAAGCUCAGGAAACGAAGGAGAUCUCAGCCGUGGAGAGCAGUAGCAUCAAACGCCGAGGAGGUGAACCUGUCAACAAUUCCGACCCCGAGGAGGAGAGUGGGCCAUCUACGCUCGUACACGAGUCACUGCUCAAUGGCAGCACGAAGUCCAACCAACGCAUAUCCGCUCGCAAGGGGAAACACGCUCCGUCAGAUGAAUCCGAGGACCAGCGCAACUCGCGCACGAUCUUCGUGGGCAAUCUCUCGUCCGAGGUAGCUCAGAAGCGGCCUUUGCAGAAACAGCUGCAUAGGCACAUUCUAUCACUCGUUCCCACAGCAAAAAUCGAAUCCGCAAGAUUCCGCUCCGUUGCAUUCCAAAACCCCACUAGCAAACUUCCCGAUGACGAUGCGAAAGAAAAGACCCCGCGGCAGCACGACCGAGAUCGAACAUCCUCGUGGCGCAAAACUAAUCCCACGGCAGAUGAGCCAAAGAUCGACGAAAAGAAGUUUCUUACUCCGAGUCAGAAAAAAAAAGUUGCAUUUAUCAACCAUGAACUUCACCCUAGCGCCGAUUCGGUUAAUGCAUACGUCGUUUUCGCAUAUCCCCCUCCUGCGAAAGAGCGGCCUUCGAACUUGCCUCCCCUUCUACCAGUCAUGGACCCGCACGAGGCAGCUCGUUUAGCUGUCGAGAAAUGCAACGGGACUGUUUUCAUGGAACGCACGAUCCGUGUAGAUUCUUUGGGCAGGCCUGCGGAUAGCGUUGGAAAACAAGCUGCUCUCUUAGGCACUUUUGCAGGAGAUCCCAAGUCAUCGGUUUUCGUUGGUAACCUUGACUUUGCGAGCAAAGAAGAAGAUCUGCGCGUGUUCUUCGAAAGUCUCAUCACUGCCGAACGCGGGCCUCCUGGUGACGUUUCAGAUGCACCCAAGCAUUGGGUAUCACGAGUGAGAAUUGUACGGGAUAAGGAUACCCAGCUCGGGAAGGGCUUCGCAUAUGUGCAAUUUACGGAUCGUGUUUGCGUGGACGAAGUCCUUGCGAUGGAGGAGUUGAAACUCAAAUUUGCAAAGCGCAAACUACGCGUUCAACGCUGCAAAAUACUCCCCAAGGGCUCCGCGACUGACAAAGCUACUGCUUCGAAGAUUACAAGCACUAGUAAUAGUGCAGGUGCAGCUCCACCCAUCGACGUACCAAAGGGCGAUCCCUCUCUUGGCGAAAAAUUGGCGACACUCUCUAAAGAGGAGCGAAAGCAGAUAAAAGCGGUGGAUGCUGACCGGCUGGCGCGGAGGAUGGCGAAGAAGAAAGCGAGAAUGGCGCUCGCAAAGCAGGGUGUGCCUGUACGCGGCAAGGAGAAGGAGAGGGAACGAGCGAGGAAGACGGGCGCUGUGAAGAAGGCCGCUAUCGCGCCUCGUAAACAAAGCAGGAUCCGGAGCGAGAAGAGCAUAUCAAAACGAAAUAUGAAGAAAUGAUAUGUCUUCCUUUGUUCUUCAAGAUAAUGAUUUGGCCUUGAAGAGAAAGACUGUCAUGUCUCAUUUUCGUUGUGCUUGAGUAUAUGUUUGAUUCAAGACUGUUAAAAAACUUUCUCAUCUUC